UGCACAGCGCUUGACAUCCAGCGGGUCCUCAGCAAACGGCUUAAGGAGGCAGCAAGGUUACAGUUACUUCUGGAGGAGGUGGCAUGGGGGCUGCAAAAUGUGCGGCGAGUGCCGGGUGAUAAUGUCUAGCAAAGCCCCCGCUAGGCAGAGGGGCAGCCGACCGCCCCCAGCCGCUCAGCGAGUCUCGAGUUUUCCCAGAAACCCUGGCAUCAGGGACUUCCCAGAAGCUCCUUACGGGACCCCGCCCAGGGAUGUCGCCGCCACCACCUACUGCAAGCGAAGCGGAUGCACCGCGCGACUUUCCCGCAGCCACUACCGGGGCCAUAGCGAGGUCACGACGGCUCGAGCGCAUGCGCAGCCUGCACGCACGCACGCGGCGUGGCCCGCCCCGCCCACCCCGAGGCGGGGCCGUGAGGCCUGGGCUCCGCCCCGGAGCGUCCGGCCCCGCCCCGGGCCCCGCCUCCGGCUCCUUGGGACCUCCGGGAGCCGGCGAAACCCGCUGAGAGCGCCUGGGCGCUUUAAGGACCGGGCGGGCCCGGGGGCGGCGGCCCCAGGAGCGGUUGCCGCGGGGACGGGGCGGAGACGAGGCCCGAGGGCGGAAGUGGGAAAGUUGCGGGCGUCCCGAGGCGAGUUGGCGGAGCUGUGCGCGCGGCGCGGCGAUGGGGGGCUCGGGCAGUCGCCUGUCCAAGGAGCUGCUGGCCGAGUACCAGGACUUGACGUUCCUGACCAAGCAGGAGAUCCUCCUGGCCAGCUUCUGGCUCCUUCCCCAACGUUUUCACGCUUCCAGGAUCCCUAGAGUCAGUGCCCAGCACAUAGCAGGCCCUCAGUAAAUACUUAUUGCAAGAGUGGACUUCCAGCCUGUACUGGCUGUGACGUACCUCCCUUUGGCUUACUGUUGUUUGAUGACUCCAAAGUUCUGUGUAUGUGGCUUAGCUCCUUACCCAGUUUAUGAUGGGUAGUAAGGCAAGGAGUGGUGGUCGGGUGUGGUGGCUCACGCCUGUAAUCCUAGCACUCUGGGAGGCCGAGACGGGCAGAUUGCUGGAGGUC